GUUGAAUUUGAAGUUAAACCAAAAAGAAAAAAGAAGAGAAAAUAAAAGGAGAAAAAGGAAAAGAACCCUUUUGAAGAAAUGCUAUUAUGAAAAUGGACCAAAAUCUCUUUUGGUCAUCACCUAUUAUGAAUUAUGGUGUCCCCAUUUCAACCUAAUGACUAGAAAACACAAGUGAAAUCGAAGAAAAAUGGUUAAUCCAUCCCUUCUACUGUCUCCCCCCCUUUUUCAGUUUUCACACUCUCUUACACACAGUCACACACUAGACUUAAAACCAAAGAAGGAUCCUUCCUAUAUAAGAAGCGAACCAUUACAAAGUUCACAAGACCUAAGACUCAACCCAUCUCCAUUCUUCCCUUUCUCUCCCUCUGUCCCCUUUCUUCGUCAAUGGCUUCUAUUGCCAAGAAAUGCCUCUUCUUCUUCCUCCUGGCUCUCAUCUUUUCUGUACAAAUCCAAGCCCGGGACAGCCAAUUCUUCAACAAAGUACCCAGCAAUGUCAACAAAGUUGAAAAGGAGACGGAUCAGUUUGUAGAAAUUGGGAAGAUAGAUAAGCAAGAGCAAGUUCCAAGCUUUGUCCCUGAAAAUGAAAAUGGCGGAUACGGUCUUUACGGCCAUGAGUCAGGGCAGUUACCUCCGGCCACCACCACCGCCGCCGCCAACACUAACCCAUCUACCACCACCACCGCCGCCGCCACCGAUGAAACAUACAAAACCAUCCCAAACAGUGGUGAGCCAAAAGAAUCCUACCCGAAAUACUUGCCCAAGAACUACAACACAGAAUCCUACGUGACUGAGCCUGAAGGCUACAGAGGACAAGUGGAUGAUGACAACAUCAACAAGAACACAGAUUUUUACAAUGGUGAAAACAGGGGAGAAUUCGACAACAACAAGAACACCAAUUAUUACAAUGGUGCAAACAGACCCGAAUUUGACAACAACAAGAACGCCCAAUUCUACAACACUGACAACAGUUAUUACAACAACAACUACAACAACAACGAAGAAGAAGAAAAUCAGGAGCAAGAUUUAGAGCAGGAUUUUGGAGAGACUAAACUCAUGGGCAAAUCCUACAGCACCAACCCAUACAGCGGCAACAGCAACAAUUACAACUAUGGCAACAAUUACUACAAUGGAGAGCAACAAGGUAUGAGUGAUAACAGAUUUAAGACCAACUACAAUUACUACAAUCACAAUGUUGGAUAUCUCAAUGGAGUUCAGAAACAGGGGAUGAGUGAUACGAGGUUCCUUGAGAAUGGAAAAUACUUCUACGAUGUCAGCAUGGAACAACAGAACUUCAACAACGGGCCUUAUGGUUCCUCCGCCAACAACAGAGGCUAUUACGCAAAUCCUCAGAAUUCGUACGAGUUCAACAACUAUCAGAACCAGGAUGAUUUCCAGAACUUCCAAGAGGAUAGUGAUUUGCCUUGAGAUGCGAGCCCAGAAAGAAAAGGAUGAUGGAUUUUGAUGAUUUGCAAUGGUGUUUUUGUCAGAGUUAAAAAUUAUCAUGUGUCUAAUUAGCAAGCACAAAAAAGAAGCUUUAAUUAUCAUAGCUUUACGGUUUGUUUUUGCAUUUCUCAAUAGUGUUUAAUUUAAUAUUUGUCUUCAUCCCUUUGAAGAAAACUAUAUAGUACUUUGGAAUUGAAAGUUUGAUUCUGUAUUUUGGUGAUGUUGCAAAACAAACCAAAAUAAUUUGUACAUUAAGUCAUCACCAAUGUAAUUUCUUCCUUGCAUCAAUGUGCAAUUUUCAUACACUUUCAACUGAGUGCCUUCUAAGUUCUAACAUCAAGUUAUUUGAUCAAAUUAAUGUUCAAACAUGAGCUUUCUCUACCCAAUAAUAAAUGUAGCAGUAUGUACAAAAGUAAAAAAGAAAAAAAAAAUUACUUAAGGGAAAAUGAAGAAGGAAGGACAGGUACUAGUGCAGUUAAUGAUGAACCAGCCACAAGGGCUACCUUUACCUAAAGUUAGUCUUCACCACCAACCAAAAAAGGAGGUAAUUUAUUGUACUAUGGUGAUGCGCGCCAAUUUGCACUGGUUGAUAUAUAGCAUUUAUGAAAAUGUACACCCGAAUACGGGAAAAGGAUGGACUAUACCCACUGUUCAUGCCCUUCUGCAAAU